AUGGCUGCCUCUGGACUACCUGUAAUUAGGACUACAGAUUAUAGCGAGGAUCUUGUACAAAUAAUAUAUUUUAAACUUCCAGCUGAGAAAGCAAUUCUGCCAGACAUAAUAUUCCGCAGAGCUCGUCAUGUCAUCUCGGAGAUAGACCGGACUCGGGCUGCAGCUCAGGCUCUUCCCGCAGGAGACCUUGUCAAGUUCGGUGAACUCAUGUACCAGAGUCACGAUUCUCUCAGGAACGAUUACGAGGUGUCCUGCAAGGAACUGGACGAACUGGUGGAGUACGCGAGGGAGGUGGAGGGGGUGCUGGGGUCCCGCAUGACGGGGGGUGGCUUCGGUGGCUGCACUGUCACACUGGUACGUAGCAGUGCUGUGGAGAAACUGAAAGCAAACAUAACCUCAAAAUACAGCAAUACUCCAACUUUCUACCUGGCUACUCCAUCUGAGGGUGCCCAACUACUAGAGCUCUGACUGUAGCUCUCU